CUUUGAUGCACCGCGCAGGACUUCAGCAUCCAGCAGAGAUUCAGGCCGCAUAGAGCUGAGCAGCUGCAUCCUACACAGGUGCAGUGUUUCUUCCUUCUAGUCGAGGUGAAGCUUUGCCUCUCGUCAUGGGGGAACUGUUCCGCAGCGAGGAGAUGACCCUGGCGCAGCUCUUCCUCCAGUCGGAGGCGGCCUACUGCUGCGUCAGUGAGCUGGGAGAGCUGGGCAUGGUCCAGUUCAGAGACCUGAAUCCAGACGUGAACGUGUUCCAGCGCAAGUUUGUGAAUGAAGUGCGAAGAUGUGAAGAGAUGGACCGGAAACUGAGGUUUGUGGAGAAGGAGAUCAAGAAAGCGAUCAUCCCAACUAUUGACACGGGAGAGAAUCCAGAGGUGCCUUUCCCCAGGGACAUGAUCGACCUCGAGGCCACCUUUGAGAAGCUGGAGAAUGAGCUGAAAGAAAUCAACACCAACCAGGAGGCCCUAAAGAAGAAUUUCCUGGAGCUGACUGAGCUCAAGCACAUCCUCCGUCACACACAGCAGUUCUUUGAUGAGAUGGAGGAUCCCAACCUGCUGGAGGAGUCUUCGUCCCUGAUGGAGGGCAGUGAGGGGGGCCGUGGGACCCCGCUCAGACUGGGCUUCGUGGCCGGAGUGAUCGGCAGGGAGCGGAUCCCGACCUUCGAGAGGAUGCUGUGGAGAGUGUGUCGCGGGAACGUCUUCCUGAGGAAGGCAGAGAUCGAGGACCCUCUGGAGGACCCCGCCACGGGAGACCAAGUCCACAAGUCUGUGUUCAUCAUCUUCUUCCAAGGUGACCAGCUGAAGAACAGGGUGAAGAAGAUCUGUGAGGGGUUCCGCGCCUCCCUGUACCCGUGUCCAGAGACCCCCCUGGAGAGGAAGGAGAUGCUGGCCGGAGUCAACAGUCGUAUCGACGACCUCCAGAUGGUGCUGAACCAAACCGAGGACCACCGUCAGCGAGUGCUGCAGGCCGCCUCCAAGACCAUGCGUGUGUGGUUCAUCAAGGUGAGGAAGAUGAAGGCCAUCUACCACACGCUCAACCUGUGCAACAUCGACGUCACGCAGAAGUGUCUGAUCGCUGAGGUGUGGUGCCCCGUCUCGGACCUGGACUCCAUCCAGUUUGCUCUGCGCAGAGGGACGGAGAGGAGCGGCUCCACGGUGCCGUCCAUUCUCAACAGGAUGCAGACGAAGCAAACUCCCCCGACCUUCAAUAAGACCAACAAGUUCACGUCGGGCUUCCAGAACAUCGUGGACGCCUACGGCAUCGGCAACUACCGGGAGAUCAAUCCAGCUCCGUACACCAUCAUCACCUUCCCCUUCCUGUUCGCGGUGAUGUUUGGCGACAUGGGUCACGGCGCGCUGAUGACCUGCGUCGCCCUCUACCUGGUGAUCCGGGAGAGUCGCCUCGCGGCUCAGAAGAGCGACAACGAGAUGUUCAACAUGGUGUUUGCUGGGCGCUACAUCAUCCUGCUGAUGGGGAUCUUCUCCAUAUACACUGGAAUCAUUUACAACGACUGCUUCUCCAAGUCGCUCAACAUGUUCGGCUCUGGGUGGAGCGUCAGGUCCAUGUUUGGCCCCAAAGGAGCCAACUGGACGUUUGAGACACUCAAUUCCAAUAAAGUUCUGCAGUUGGACCCGGCGGUUCCUGGUGUAUUCAACGGGCCGUAUCCACUCGGAAUUGACCCGAUCUGGAACGUUGCCACCAACAAGCUGACCUUCCUCAACUCCUUCAAGAUGAAGAUGUCUGUGAUCCUGGGCGUCAUCCACAUGCUGUUCGGAGUGUCUCUCAGUCUCUUCAACCACCUGUACUUCAAGAAGCCGCUGAACAUCUUCCUGGGCUUCAUCCCAGAGAUCGUCUUCAUGGCGAGCCUGUUCGGCUACCUCGCCCUGCUGGUGUUCUACAAGUGGGCGGCCUACGACGUCUUCACCUCCAAGGACGCGCCCAGCCUGCUCAUCCACUUCAUCAACAUGUGUCUCUUCAACUACAGCGACACCAGCAACAAGCCCCUCUACAGGGGACAGAUGGGGAUCCAGAUUUUGUUGGUGAUGAUUGCCCUUGCAUGUGUACCCUGUAUGCUGAUUGUGAAAACGAUGAUGCUUCGCAAACAGCACCUGUGGAAGCUGCACCUGUCCCAGAAAAGGGAAGAAACCCCUGCAGAGAAUCUAGAGCAGUCUUUAGAGCAAACAGGCGUGUCCUCAUCAUGCUCCGGGCUCACCCAACAGGGCAAACAGAAGUUCGGAGGGGUGCGAGUGGGCAACGGGCCCACCGAGGAUGAGACCGGCAUCGUGGACCACGACCACCUCUCCCAGCACUCAGAGGAAGGAGAUGAGCACCCAGAGGAAGAGCCGUUUGACUUUGGGGACGUCGCUGUCCACCAGGCCAUCCACACCAUAGAGUACUGUCUGGGCUGCAUCUCCAACACGGCCUCCUACCUGCGUCUCUGGGCCCUCAGCCUGGCUCAUGCACAGCUGUCAGAGGUGCUGUGGACCAUGGUGAUGCACCUGGGUCUGUCCUCCCGGAGCGGCGGCGGCUUCUUUGUCCUGUCCAUCAUCUUUGGGGCCUUCGCCACCCUCACUGUUGCCAUCCUGCUCAUCAUGGAGGGGCUGUCGGCCUUCCUGCACGCCCUGCGCCUGCACUGGGUGGAGUUCCAGAACAAGUUCUACACGGGCCAGGGCUUGAAGUUCUUCCCCUUCUCAUUCGAGAGCAUCCUGGAUGGACGAUUGGACGAGUGACCAGCCCCUCCAGCACGAGACAGCGGAGUCCCCUACCCUCCUCUCUUUUGUGUAUGUGUCGGUGUGUGUGUGUGUGUGUGCGUGUGCAUGAGCCCAAGUGCAGCCCUCUGUCGCCCUCUAGUGGUCAUUUGUGAAACUCGUAUUGUGUUUGUGCUACAAUGUGGUGCUUGUGGAGGGUUUUUCCAGUGCACACGUGCCAAGCUGUACCCACGCUGGAGGUCCUCUUGCUGUGACACAGUCCCGUCAUUGUGCUCCGCGCUCUCCUCUGCUCUCAUAACAUCUGCUCUGCUCUCCUUCAGAGACCGACAUUACCACAUGUAUUGGCCGAGGUCUGUGUCAUGGUAGACAACUCUGGUUUAAAGGAGAAGACAAACAGCUCUUACUACGGCGGCACCUCACUCACCCAGGUUUAAGAACAACGUGACAGCCAGUGGCAACAUUACGUGACAGUGUUAAGACAACGUAAUGUGACAAUGAAAUGUGACACCGUAACGUGACAACGUAGCGUGACACCGUGACGUGAGACCGUAACGUGACAAUGUUAAGGCAACGUAACGUGACACGACACGUGACAGCGUAGCGUGACAGCGUAACGUUGACAGCGUAGCGUGACAGCGUAGCGUGACAGCGUAGCGUUGACAGCGUAGCGUGACACGUGACAGCGUAGCGUGACACCGAGCUGGUGCAUAUGUCCAGUUUGGAACAGUUAGGCAGUGUAAAAACCUUUGAAGAUUCAUCCUGCUCAUGAAAAUGCACAUUAUGAGCGCAGCUGUCAUCAGAGGAUGGUCACACUAUUGUUGUAACUAGUCCCGGUGUUUCCUCAACUGCACCUCUGGAGUCACUAAAAUAAAAACCAGAGAUAAACUAGAAUCAUCCUUUAAGUUGCUGCCCGUGCAGCGUGUCAAGUGCAGUUUUCCAUGACAUUAAAUAAUGUGGAGUUGUCAGGCCGUGAUUCAACAUUGUGCAAUAUUUGUAAUGUGACUACAGAGAAAAAUCAUUCCUCCAAGUAUUUGAUCCGCAUAUCCCAUUUGUUUUUUUUCUUCAUUUUACUAUAAACUCUAGUUUAUCAAACUAGAGUUUAUGAAUCAAAUGUAUGUAUUGACUCAGUGUUAUAUAGAGAGCAGCACAGUCUGGUUCUCUGUAACUUCCCUGUGCUCACUGUGUGUGAAUCGAUGUGGUAAACAAGAACUGAAAUGAUGUAUUAAGCCUAAAAUAAUAAGUGAAUUGUUUGGAAUUACUAGUUGUUUCAGAAGUGUAAGGAAAUAAUAUAGCUGGGGACAUAAGUGUGACCUCAGGACCAACAUAUCUUCACUUUGAUUUUAAAAAUUACAAUGUGCAACAUUUUGAACAAAUGACCAUCUGGUUGCCAAACCCAGUAAGAGUUCAACAAGGUUAAGAUCCAUGGAAGUAAUCAUAGUUAGUUUUUUGACAAAGCGUUUCGGUUCAUUUGCAUCCGGAGGCCAAAAGACUGCAGGAGAAAAGAAAAGCCUCGAAACAACGAGUAUGUUGGUCAGUGUAUGUGGAAGGUAAUGUGUUUGAUGAAUAAUAAACGGAGACAUGGGGACUCA